AUAAAUUAUGAAAUUUCUGAGGACUUAAAACGGAAAUAAAUGUUCUUUAUAUUGGCAAGCAAAAGAAAAAAUAUAAGAACAAACUAUGAUUGGUUAAAUUUAUCAAGAAAUCCAAAAAGUAAAGAGAUGAUGACACUUCUUCUUCCUUUUCAACCAAACCAUAUCCACAAGCCACCACUAGUACUAUACCGACGCCUCCGAAAACCUUACAGAUUACCAGUGAUCUCCGCCGCGGUGUCCGGUAAGCAGCUGAUACUUCCCGGCAAGGUCCGGGCGGUGGAGCCGAAAGAAGCGAAGGCGGUUGUGGCGUCGGAGGGUUACAUGCUCUUAGACGUGAGACCGGUUUGGGAAAGAGAAAAGGCAUGUGUGAAAGGGUCCUUACACGUGCCAUUGUUCGUGGAGGAUACAGACAACGGGCCGAUUACGUUGCUGAAGAAAUGGAUCCAUUUGGGGUAUAUUGGGCUUUGGACAGGCCAGAGAUUCACAAUGUUCAAUGACGAAUUCAACCUCCGUGUUGUGGAGGCUGUCCCGGACAAAGAGAGUAAAGUGCUUGUCGUGUGCGGUGAAGGACUCAGGUCAUUGAUGGCUGUAUCAAAGCUCUACGGAGAAGGUUACAAAAGCUUAGGGUGGUUAACCGGAGGAUUUAACCGGGUAACAGAAGGAGAUUUUCCAGAGAUCGAGGGAACCGAAGAGCUUCGGUUCGCGACGAUAGGAGGUGCUUCAUACUAUUUACUCAAACUACUUGUACUGUUACAGUCUCUUGGCCAAAAGAAUAGUUAAAUAUUGGUUAUUGAGACACUUUUUGUCCUUUAAAAAUUAUGUCCGGUUCACACAAGACGGCGCAGUUCUGGUUUAUUUAAGGGAAAAUUACAGAUGUCUUUUCUACAUUAAUUGAAAUAUAUUGUCGGAAUGAUUUGCUUCGGA